ACCCAAAUGGCUCGUACGAAGCAAACCGCUAGGAAAUCCACGGGAGGCAAGGCACCAAGGAAGCAAUUGGCCACAAAAGCAGCCCGAAAAUCAGCUCCAGCCACCGGCGGAGUCAAGAAGCCCCAUAGGUUCAGACCAGGAACCGUGGCCUUACGUGAAAUCCGAAAGUACCAAAAGAGUACAGAACUCUUGAUAAGGAAACUCCCUUUCCAGAGGCUGGUAAGAGAAAUCGCCCAGGAUUUCAAAACCGAUCUGCGGUUCCAAAGCAGCGCCGUGGCUGCUCUCCAGGAGGCGGCUGAAGCUUACCUGGUUGGGCUUUUUGAAGAUACCAAUCUGUGCGCAAUUCACGCUAAGAGGGUUACUAUAAUGCCUAAGGAUAUCCAAUUGGCUCGUCGGAUUAGGGGCGAGAGGGCUUAGAGUAAGGCUUAGUUUUACUAUUUGCUUUGGCUGUUUCUUGUGGGUAUGUUUUAGGGUUUAACUGGGGAAAUGUGGAAUUGUAAAGCCGUCGUGAAAUUAGUUUUACGGUUGGUUUAAUGUUAUUGUCUUUUUAAUCUUGUGUUUGUUCAUGGUUUUAUUAAAAAGAUGGGUUUUUUUUUUUUUAUAUGGUAAUGAGUUUUGCAAAUCUACCAGGCCCAAUUUGGAGACUGAGCAUGAUUACUCAAUCCCAUUGAAGUAAAGCUCAUAUCUUUUUAUAUAUUUAUUCUCCUUUUCACUUGGUCUCUCUUUGCGAUUGACGACGACUGGUGUGGCUGCCAGUCGCAG